GCACCACUACCACGAGAGUGCCGACGUGGCCAGAGAUCAUGAAGCGCAAGACGGAGUUCGAGCGGGACUGCGCGAAGGACAGUCUCACGAGCCAGCUCCCCGCCGACCUCAGGGGCAUCGUGCGGGGCCUCCUCCAGGAUCCCGCCAAGAUCCAGCCGUGCUCCAGCCUGGUGGCGCGCAGCGUCCUCGCCGUGGCCAUCAAGCCCAAGAAGCGCGGCAUCAGCGGGGUGAAGGGCGCCGAAGCGGAGACUUGGGACAUCGACAAGAAUUCGCAGAUCCCGAAAUAUUGGUUGUGGGAGGCGAUCAAACAAGCUGGGCCCGAGGACCUCGUCACCCCCGCGUUCGUCGAGCGGUUCGAUCGCCACGAGCGGUUGUUUGUCCGUCAUUUCAACGAGGCGCUCACUUCUUUGCGCCAUGCCUACAAGGCCGCCGAGCAGAUGAAGACGAAGCGGUUGGCGGGUCGGGUGUCGGGGAGGUUGUAUUACCUCUUGGGUUCUCGCUGGCCAGCCUUUUCGCAGAUGCUGAGCACGGGCUUCAUCGAGUGGAAGCAGAAGGGCUGCUUCGUCAUGUGCGAGCCCAACGAGAACGGCAUCGUCGCGCACAUCAGGCACAUCAGUGGCGCGAUUGAGAACUGGUCGGACAAGUUCUCUCGCUGCACGGACGGCGAGAGCGGCUUCCUCUGCUACACCAGGUUCCACCAUUGUUGCGACGAGUGGUGGUUCAAGAUCGCUCAGGACCCGGGUGCUACGAUCAGGGAGAUCGCGAUCCAGGAUGAGACGAAGCUGGAUGCCGACUGCGCCAAGGUGAGCAGCUCGGACGUCACCAUCAGCGCGGCAGUGGUCGCCGCUCCGGAGAACAUGAAGCGCAGGAAGGUCGUCGGCAAGGCCCCCGCUCCGAGCAAGGCCGGCAUGGCGCGCGACCCCGACGGCGACGCGCGCCCCGAGGUUUGCCGCUGA